UGGCAGGGGAAGGCCCGCCCCCCACGGGUGUUGUGGUUUCACCUCGGCAGUGCAGAGGCUGCUCAGGGUGCCGGUGGUGACGGCUGGCCGAGGAGUCCGGGGAUCGGGGAAACCGAUGCCACGGCUGUUGAAUUUUUCUCGUUGCGUUUUCACACACACGACAGCGGCGGUGGGAGACUCAGGUGGCCGCACAGAGCGCUGGCCUCCCUGUGAUCCUUUUAUUUGGAGCUGAUCUUGCAGAAAGAGAGAAGUAGAGGAAGAAGACGAAGGCUGUUCUGCUGACGGGCUCAUGGCAGAACCAGGUGGGGGAGGAGGUUGUGCCGGUGAGGGCAAUGGUAGCGUGCCCUCACAGCUGGAUUCUGUCAUCACUAAGCUGCCCACCUCCACCACCGCUGCAGGAGUCAGCAAUGGAGGGACGUGCAAGGUGGAGAGUGCGCCUGGCGGCGUGUCCAAUGGAGAUUGUACCCCUGUGGAUGGCAGAGAGGAGAGUGGGUCCGCACAGCCGGAGAGCCCCAGCCUGGACAAGAGUGGCAAGCCGGGUAUCCCCCGAAGAAGCAGUAUUAUUAAGGAUGCCAGCAAGCAGAAACGAGAAAGAAAGAAGACGGUAUCAUUUAGUAGCAUGCCAGCCGAGAAGAAGAUCAGCAGCGCAAGUGACUGUAUCAAUGCAAUGGUCGAAGGAUCUGAACUGAAAAAAGUCCGGUCCAACUCUAGAAUCUACCACAGGUACUUCCUUUUGGAUGCAGACAUGCAGUCCUUGAGGUGGGAGCCUUCAAAGAAAGACUGUGAAAAAGCAAAAAUUGACAUUAAAUCUGUAAAAGAAGUCAGAACUGGAAAAAAUACCGAUAUUUUUCGUAGCAAUGGAAUUUAUGACCAGAUUUCAGAAGACUGUGCUUUCUCUAUAAUAUAUGGGGAAAAUUAUGAGUCCUUAGAUCUUGUUGCAAACUCUGCUGACAUUGCCAAUAUUUGGGUAACCGGUUUACGUUAUUUAAUCUCAUAUGGAAAGCAUACACUUGACAUGAUUGAAAGUUUCCAGGACAACAUGCGAAUGUCUUGGCUUACACAAAUGUUCAGGGAAAUUGAUGAGGAGAAUAUGGGCCAUAUACCAAUUUGUAAAGCGGUGCACUUUAUUAAAAAGUUAAACCCAGGUCUUAAAAAUAGUAAAAUUGAGUUAAAAUUUAAGGAAUUACAGAAAUCCAAGGAAAAAACAAAUAGUGAUGUGACGCAAGAUGAAUUUAUUGAAGUUUUCCAUGAACUGUGCACAAGGCCGGAGAUUUACUUUUUACUGGUUCAGUUUUCAAGCAAUAAGGAGUACUUGGACACCAAGGAUCUCAUGAUGUUUUUGGAGGCUGAGCAAGGUGUGGCACAAGUAACAGAGGAAAUUAGUCUUGACAUUAUAAAAAAAUAUGAACCAUCUAAAGGCAAGGAGAAAGGAUGCCUUUCUUUGGAUGGAUUUACAAAUUACCUUAUUUCUGCAGAUUGUAGUAUUUUUGAACCAGAACACAAAAAAGUGUGCCAGGACAUGACCCAACCUUUGUCCCAUUACUAUAUAAAUUCAUCACAUAAUACUUACUUAAUAGAAGAUCAAUUUAGAGGUCCAUCUGAUAUUUCUGGUUAUGUUCGUGCUCUGAAAAUGGGAUGCAGAAGUGUUGAACUGGAUGUUUGGGAUGGCCCAGAUAAUGAGCCAUUUAUCUAUACGGGACAUAACAUGACAACACAGGUUGUCUUCCGCAGUGUGAUUGACGUCAUUAAUAAAUAUGCCUUCCAGGUAUCGGAGUUCCCAUUGAUUCUUUGUAUAGAAAACCAUUGUUCUAUUAAGCAACAGAAAGUUAUGGUUCAACAUAUGAAAAAAAUCUUGGGAGAUAAACUUUAUACCACUCCUCCUAAUGCUGAGAAUUCCUAUCUUCCAUCUCCAGACCAGUUAAAAGGAAAAGUACUAAUCAAGGCCAAAAAACUUCCCCCUGAUUGCUCAGGGUUUGAGGGGGAUGUCACAGAUGAGGAUGAGGGUAUUGAGAUGUCUCAGAGGAUGAGCAAAGAAGGGGAAGAUAACCAAACCAUUGUCCCUGUUAAGCGAAUUCAGCUUUGUAAAGAUCUUUCAGACCUUGUAAGUCUUUGUAAAUCUGUACAGUUCGUGGAUUUCCAGUCAUCUUUCCAAAACCAAAAGUACUGGGAAGUUUGCUCCUUCAAUGAAGUUGCUGCUGGCAAAUAUGCAAAUGAAAACGCUGGUGAUUUUGUUAACUUUAACAAAAAGUUCCUUUCUCGGAUUUUCCCAAGUCCAAUGAGGAUUGACUCCAGCAACAUGAACCCUCAAGAUUUUUGGAAAUGUGGUUGCCAAAUAGUUGCAAUGAAUUUCCAGACUCCUGGACUAAUGAUGGAUUUAAACAUUGGCUGGUUCCGCCAGAAUGGAAACUGUGGCUUUGUUCUACGACCUGCCAUUAUGCGCGAGGAAAUAUCUUUCUUUAGUGCGAAUACUAAAGAUUCUGUGCCUGGAGUUUCUCCUCAACUUCUUCACAUUAAAAUUAUCAGUGGGCAACAUUUUCCAAAGCCUAAAGGGUCAGGAGCCAAAGGAGAUGUUGUGGAUCCUUAUGUGUAUGUUGAGAUACAUGGAAUACCUGCUGACUGUGCCGAGCAGAGGACAAAAACAGUCCAUCAAAAUGGAGACAAUCCAAUCUUCGAUGAAAGCUUUGAAUUUCAAGUUAACCUUCCUGAGCUGACAAUGGUGCGAUUUGUGGUGCUAGAUGAUGAUUAUAUUGGAGAUGAGUUUAUUGGACAGUACACUAUCCCAUUUGAAUGUCUCCAACCUGGCUACAGGCAUGUUCCUUUACAAUCCUUGACUGGAGAUGUUUUGCUGCAUACAUCAUUGUUUGUCCAUGUAGCAAUUACAAACCGUAGAGGUGGCGGAAAGCCUCAUAAACGGGGUCUCUCUGUUAGGAAGGCUAAAAAAUCAAGGGAUUAUGCAUCUAUGAGGACCUUGCUUAUAAAGACUAUUGAUGACGUUUUCAAGAAUGCAAUUCAGCCUAUAAGAGAAGCUACAGAUCUACGAGAAAACAUGCAGAAUGCAGUAGUUUCAUUCAAAGAGCUGUGUGGACUAUCACCUGUAGCUAAUCUUAUGCAAUGUAUAAUGGCCUUGUCAACCCGCCUAGCUGGACCCGACAACUCCCCUGUGGUACUUAUGAACCUCAGUGAUCAGUACCCAACCAUGGAGCUACAACAAGGCACUGUGCCAGAGGUCAUGAAGAGGAUUUUAACUGCCUAUGACGCUAUCAUUCAAAGCAGCAAGUCUCUAAUUGAGAAUGCAGAUAGUGUUUAUGAGAAGAUAGUACAAUGUCAGAGGACUGCCAUGGAAUUCCACGAGAAUCUCAACUCCAUCGGGGCUAAAGAAGGUUUGAAAGAAAGGAAGAUGUUUAAGGCUGUGGAGAGCUUUACAUGGAACAUUACAAUACUAAAGGGACAAGCGGAUCUUCUCAAGUAUGCCAAAACUGAAACCACCGAGAACCUGAAGCAAAUUCACUAUGCUGCUUUAUCAUGUGGACUAAACAAGGCAACCGCCGGAAGCACAGAGGUCUCCAAACCUAGAAGAAGCCUGGAAGUCAUACCAGAAAAAGCAGGGGAUGAAACUGGUGAUUGAAGCACCAAAACCUACAGCCUGGAACGCUGAUCAUGGUUACAUUUCUAAUCCUUGGACCAAUGUAGCUGCACAAGAUGUUUGCUUUGCACUUACUAAAGGAAAAAAAAACCACAAAUAUAUUAUUUUUUGAAGCACAACUGGAGGUUGCCAAGUCUGUUCAUCUGCAAAUUCGUGGAUUUUUUUUCAAUGAAGGAAUAAUUACUGCAGAUUGAAGCUGGCGCCGCUGGCCGAAUGUGAGCUUGUGGAAAAAUAAUAGACCUGAUAGACUAGAAAACAGGUAGUGAGGUACUUGCUGCUUUAAGAAGUGUAGCAGUGUUUUAAAGUUAGAUUUUAAUAGAUCUAUAUAUUUAAAUAAGAAAAAAAAACUCACAUUUCAUAAAACGUGUGCUUAUUGUAAAAUAUAUAGUGCUCAAAGGACUGAAAAUGUGUUGCACUGAAUAGUAUGUUUUAAGACAUGGCUGGUAACUUUGUGUUCUGAUUUGAGCCAUAUUGUAUAUAAAUAAAGAACAUAGGAUGCAAUAAACCUUAGAGCACCAGAUAUCUGUGCACUGUAGGUAGCCAAAACACAAAAAAUAACCCUCAAAUGUGCACUUCACAUUACACACAGAGUAGGUCAUUUUGCCACACAAUUUUCGAACUGUUAAUAUCUAAUGUAAAAGUGACCAAAUUUGAAGAUAUAUUGUAAAUAUAUAUAUUCUUUUUUAUUUUGUGAUGUGUCCACAUUGAAGAAAAAAAAGUUUUAUUAUCUUAUUUGUCAUGCAUUUUAACAGAUAUUAUAGCCUUUUUGUUUUAAUUUAAUAAAAGGGUGGAGAAAA